CCACACCAAAAGCUAUCCUCCUCCCUCCUCCAGCCCCCCACCACCCUCUUCCACCAUCGCAGAAAAGGAAAAGGGGAAAGGACCCUCAGAUUCAAAACGGUAAAGCCUGCCGCACCCUGCUCCUCCUCGCAGCCCACUCUCUCGGACGGACUCCCCCCUCUCUGGUUCUGCUCUGACCUUGAGUGCGGCGCAAGCCAGCAGGAGCAGAGCUGAGCAGGGAAGGAAUUUCCCGAGGGGACAGCCCGCAGCUGCCGCCAGAAGAGAGCACCCGGAGGGGGAGCCUCCAAACGCAAGCAACCAAGCCCACGCGGCAGGAGCGCGGAGCCGAGCACCUACAAAAUGCAGCAGCAGGGGAGCGGCGGCGGCACGGCUAGUAGUACCACCACCAGCGGCGGCCGGAGGCGCGUGUUGGUGCGGGGCGCGGCGGCGGCGGCAACGGCGCCCGCGGGGUCGGGGUCGGUGUGGGAGGCGCGGAUGAGGAUGGACGAGGUCAAGGGCGGCGUCAAGGUCUUCAGCGCCGGGGGCGGGGACGAGCCCGCCGACGAGGAGGGGAUGCGGGUGUACCGCCGCCUGCGCCGCAACCAGAGCGACGGGAACGCCGGCGCGGGCAACGGCGCGGCAGCGGCCGCGAAGAAGCGGCGCAACUGGAAGGCGUCCGAGCCGGUCACCGCGAUCGGGGACCUCCGCAAGUCGCACUCCGACGCCAUGGCCGCCGUGAGUACGACGACGACCACCACCACCGCGGUGGUCGCGAGGCGGGCCGUGGCGAGGGUCACCACGCCCGAGAAAAAGAUUGCGCCCGUGGCGGCCGCUGGUGGGGAGGUCAAGGAGGUGGUGGUCGUCGACGUGCACAAGGCCCAAGCGGAGGAGGAACCAGAGGAGGAGUUGGACGACGACGCCUACGGAUUGGACGACGAGGAGCUCGAGGCGGAGGAGGAGGAGAAGGAGAUGCUGGAUCAGGAUCACAUGGCCGUUGACAAGGACGAAACUGCUCUGCACCAAGUGGACGAUGACGGCAACAAAGAUCUCGAGCCACCGACAAAAGCAGGGAUCAAGUCGACGCUGUCGGUGGAAGACGAGAGAGCGGCCAACCCAGAGCCAGUGAAGCCGCCUCCAGAGAAGAAAUUAGCUUCCGCCAUCGAUCUCCGAGCAAUCAACCCGGAGCCCAUGACCCCUCCUCCAGGGGAGAAGAAGACGACAUCGAUCAUAGUUCACCGCAUGACGAACUUCGAGCCGGCAAAAACUUCUCCAGAGAAGAAAGCUUUGCUCGCUACUGGUGGCCGGAUUCCGAAGCAUGAUCCUGUCAGCAAUCCUCCCAUUGAAGAGUAUGAGGAGAUUCAAGGAAGGCCAUCUCAACCCAGCAGAAGCCAUGAAAGAAUGCAAAACAUUGUGAAUUUGGUGAUGUGGAGAGAUGUGUCAAAGUCUGCACUGGUGUUUGGAUUAGGGACUUUCUUGCUCAUCUCGUCCUCCUAUGUCAAAGACCUAAAUUUCAACACAAUCACGGCAGCGUCAUAUGCAGGACUAAUCUACCUUGGCCUAAGGUUCCUGCGCAAGUCCAUACUGAACAGAGGUGAAACUGUGGACUGUGAGGAUGAGAGAGACAGCGAGAGGUGCUACCUAGUUGGGGAGGAGGAGGCCAUCUGGCUGCUGAGGCUGGUGCUGCCGUACAUCAAUGAGGUGCUCCUAAAUCUGAGGUCUCUCUUCUCUGGAGAGCCCGCGACAACCAUGAAGCUGGCAUUGCUACUGUUUGCGAUGGCCCGGUGCGGCAACUUUGUCACCCUCUGGACCCUGGCCAAACUGGUGUUCUUUGGGGUCUUCAUCAUCCCGAAGGUGUGCUCCUCUUACUCCACGCAGCUGGCAAGAUACGGCAAGUUUUGGCUGGAUAGGUUCAGGGACGCCUGGGAGUCGUGCUCCCACAAGAAGGCGGUGGUGGCGGCCGUCUUCACCCUCGUCUGGAACGUCUCCUCAACGGUGGCGCGCGUCUGGGCGGUCUUCAUGCUGGUGGUGGCCAUGAAACUGUACCAGCAUCGCAUGGUGGAGUUCGGCUGGAGCAGCACGGUAGAGGAAGGCGGUGCUGCGGCAGACGAAGCGGAAGCAGACGAUGAGGUACACAGCGAAGAGCAGGCGGCAAAACCUAGCCUGUCCAGGGCCCAGGGCGAGGCGCAGGUGUUUGGGACGGCGGCGGUGCCGCGGCAUAGACGAGCGCCAGUCUCCGGCGAGUUCGCCAAGGAGAGGCUGAGGGCAAGGGGCGGUAUCCAGCCGAGGUGACAUUUAGGAAUGAGAUUAGGCUGUUUUUGCUGGGUUGUUUUUCUAGGCUACAACGUUGUCCAGGUGUGUUCCGUGUGUCACAGAACCGCCAAGUUAAACGGCUUAAUUAAGCGUAAUUGCCAUCAUUUGAACGCAUCAGACGCAUUAGCUUAAUUAAGUGUAA